GCUGGCGAUGCCCGCUCCCUCAAGAUCACGCAAUGAGAGGGGACUGUCGGUUCCUUCAAGGCCUCUCAACGAGAGGGCCCGGUCGUACAUGGAAUUCGUGCCCAAGCGGGCCAUGACAUCGUUCGACAACCUCGUCGCGCUCGCUAACCACCAAGAGCGCUUGCGAGAGGCGCGUAAAGUCAUCUGGCGCGACAGAGGCGAGCCGAUCGCCCAUAUUGAAGAUAUCUACGAGUCCUUUGAGCAUGCUGGUCGCGGAGGUUUGAGAGCCGGGGCAUUGGCAUUCUGCAUCAGAGCCGGAGUCAACCUUGUGCUGGUCUUGUUUCGUUCGAGGACAAUACCGAGACGAUUGCGGUUCGCAAUUCUCCGCCAUGCCGUAUUCGGUCCAGAUUCGUUCAGAUUCGCGGCUAUGUUAGGGUCAUUCGUGUACCUUUACAAGUUCCUGUUCAACUCGCUCCCCAUCAUGUUCCCUCCAUCUCAGGAAUCAUCCUCCGAAUCAGCCGUUGACGAAGAUGAUGACCUCGCCUCCGCGAGCGACACUCGUGCAAGAAGUGCCAACAUUGACGUGGAUAUCAUCUCUCCUUACAACAAUGCCACGUAUCGCGAGCGACGCACUCAGCGAUUGUCGCUAAGCGCGAACGCCAUGAGAGAAUAUGGCAUGAUUCGGAAGCGCACCCGAAGAUGGCAUUCGGUGGUCGCCGGAGCCAUUGCCGGCGGCUUGGCAGUCUUGUUUGAGAAGCGUAACAGGCGAUUAACGAUUGCACAACAACUAUUUGUACGAGGAUUGCAGGCGGAAUAUAGCGCAUGGGCUCCUCGCUUCGGAGUCAAAGUACCGUAUGGCUCAGUACUUGUAUUUUCUCUCUGCUGUGGCCAGAUCAUGUACGGCUGGCUCAUGCGUCCGGAUACAUUACCAAAGUCUUACCAGAAUUGGAUCCAGCAGGCCUCUAGAGUCAGUCCUGAGGCUAUCAAUAUCAACCAUACGAUCGUGCGAGAGCGCCGGUUCGAUCUAGACGUGAUGAAGAAAGUCAUAGAUCGCUCGGAUAUCACCCCAUCUAAUCGUACCUCCUUGAUUGCGAAACUACAAGCCGCUUCCUCGCCCAUGAACCCGGUCUUUGGGCCUCCUUAUUGCCCAUGCGAGGUCGUGCACCCCUGGAUCGAUAGCUGCCUCCUCGAGCAGCUGAAUAGAUGGUUUUCCGUCUUCCGCUGGAUUCUGCCUAUCUACACCGCCCUUCAUUUCAUCCCCAUGCUCCUCUUCAAGCGCAACGUGGUCUUCAAACGGCCCAUCCCCAUGCUGCUGAGGGCUGCGUUGGGCUCCGCCCGGAGCUCGGCGUUUCUCGGCACGUUCGUGUUGAUCUAUCAGACCAUGCUAUGCAGCAAGGCGAACCUACACAAGCUAUUCUCCCAAGAGACGUCUAUCGGUCUGCCCUGGAAGAACACGCCGCGGUGGGUCCUCGAUGCGAUCACGCACAGGUCCACGUACUGGAUUGGUGGCUUCCUUUGCGGGCUGAGUUUGUUUGUCGAAGAGUCGAGGCGGAGAAGUGAGCUGGCGAUGUAUGUCUUGCCAAAGGCGAUGGAGAGUGCGUGGUUGAUGGCGCGGAAGCGCGGUUUGAUUUUCAAGACGGGCCAAUACGGCGAGGCUUUGUUGACCGCGAUUGGUAUGGGUAUGGUUAUGGUACGUCCACUCAGUCAUCGCUCUGUUUUGUACGUUCAAACACUGCCUUCUAGGGUAUCUAUCAGGUUGGUCACUUCGUCCUUUGCAUCAUUCGCCGUUUGUGACGAUCUUGUGCAGAACGAUCCACAGCAUCUGUCCGGACUCGUUCGACGCAUUCUAUAUCAGUUUGUUGGCCCUAAUUAG